AUGCCACCUGUGGUGACGACAUUAAAUGAAAAGGCAAAGCAAAUGAUGAUAGAAUCUCAUUUCUCCGUCUUGUUUAUUUAUGUGCGUCGUCAAACACGAGGUUUAAUAAUUAAGUGGAGUAUUUUUACGGAUCGAGAUGAUGAGAAAGAGUUGGAACGAAUUGAAAAUGCUUCUGUUGCUUCUCUGAAAAAAAAACUUUCCAUAAUCUUCUUUACCUUCAUCAUUGGAUUGAGUGCUUUAUCUUGGACGGUUGUGAUGGAAAUGGACGAAGCUUUUAGAUUACAGUUUUAUAGGGCAAAAAGUUAUUUAACUUAUCAAUCUUCCGUUGUCAUUCAAGACCUUCCUUAUUUUGAUUUUAUAAAAGUAUAUCACGUGAAAACUGGCAUGACGAGAUCAAUAACAUGUCUUCUUCACAAGAGCUCUGCUCUUUCCUUUAAAAAGACUUCAGUGAAGCCUAGUCACAGGCAGCCUAUCAUGGGCAACAAUCACUGGUUAUCAAAUGAUAAAUUGCGAUGUCAGUCUUAUUCAAUGUCGAGAUCUUGA